AUGGCGCUGGUCGGACGCAUCAAACUGGAAGGAGAACUCUCUUGUUUGCACAUGUGCAGUGCUCAAGUUUCUGGUUCUUCCGUUGCUCAGCUUAAAGCUACGGAUCCUGAGGGGGAGCCGCUCAUUUACGGGGUUUCAGGAGAAGAAGCCAUGCGGUAUUUUUCUGUGAACAAGGACACCGGUGUGGUCUGGCUUCGACAGCAGCUCGACCGAGAGACCAAGUCAGAAAUGCAGGUCGAGUUCUACGUGAGUGACAUUCAAGAGGUGGUAAAAGAUACAGUAAAUAUUCAGAUUGGAGACGUGAAUGAUAAUGCACCAAACUUCCAUGGGCAGCCCUACACUGUUCGUAUACCAGAGAGCACAGCGGUGGGAACAUCAAUAUUCAUGGUGAACGCCACAGAUCCAGACCAAGGCACAGGGGGCAGCAUUCUCUUCUCGUUCCAGCCACCUUCUCCCUUCUUUGCUAUAGACGGAGCCAGAGGUACCGUCACCGUCACCAGACCGCUGGACUACGAAAGAACAUCUGCCUACCAGCUCACAGUGAACGCUACGGACCAAGACAAAUUAAGACCUCUGUCCCGGCUUGCAAACAUGGCUAUUACCAUCACUGACGUCCAGGACAUGGACCCUGUUUUCACCAAUCUACCCUACAGUACCAACAUAGAAGAGGGCGUUUCUCUGGUUAGUACAAUUAUCCAAAUAAGCAAUGCCUCAAUUUACCACGGUCCGUUGUUGCCCACUGCCCAGCAUCAGUGCUUUCUGUGCUGGUUGCUCUACAAGAAAGUAAUGCCGAAUCCGACUGUCAUCCAGACGCAGCUCUGGGGCUAUGAAGUGCGGAAGAUCGUAGCCAUUGACCAGGACCGUGGCCAACCCAGAGGAAUUGGCUACACCAUCGUGUCAGCUUCCCCGCUCCUCGCCCCAAGUGUCCUCGGAGAAAGCCGCUCGCUCCUGCGGGACUCGUCUCAUUAG